AUGAAGCGUGCUGAACCCGACACGGAUCUUUGUUUCGUCGGAAAACCAAUGUUCUUCUCUGAAGCAAUGAGUAAAUGGCCCGAACGAUACAGAUCUUCAAAGGCCAGAUUAAUGGAAUCUCAGAACGAUAGUGAUGAAAAUAAAAAGAAAAUCGAGGCAAAGUGUCAUUACCUUCAAGCUAUGGUGGAUGGAGUCGUCUUCAAUCUGGGAGACAAUGUCUACGUCACGGCUGAACCGGGUGAGCCCAAUUACAUUGGGAAAAUUGUUGAAUUGUUCCAAGCAAUUCAUGGAGAGCCUUACUUCAGAGCCCGCUGGUUUUAUUACGCAGAGGAUACUAAUGUUACAGGAACUGAGGAGAGAAUCAUACCGCCGUGUGAUUUCUACUAUGAUAUGAAUUAUGAGUUAGAACACCUGACCUUUUCAUGUGCAAGUGAUGAUCGUGAGGCAUCAUCAUCAACAAUUUCAAGCGAAUGUGACUCCAAUCGCAUUGAAGCUCCUCAUAAGAAUGAAAAAUACUUACUUGAUUUAUACAGCGGCUGUGGCGCGAUGUCCACAGGGCUGUGUGCAGGGGCUUCCCUCUCAGGUGUAAAAUUGACUACGAAAUGGGCAGUUGAUACAAAGAGCUCCGCUUGUGCAAGUUUGAAGCUUAAUCAUCCUGAAACUGAGGUGAGAAACGAAGCUGUGGAAGACUUUCUGAUUUUGCUCAUAGAAUGGAGAAAGCUAUGUCAAAAGUUACUACUGAUUCCUAGUAACGAGCCAAUAGAACCGGACAGUGAUUCGGAUGAAGACGAGGAAGAAGAAGAUGGUGACAAUGAUAGCUCUGAAAUUCAACCAGAAGAGUUUGAGGUGGAGGAGUUUCUCGCCAUUUGUUAUGGAGAUCCCAAGAAAGUAAAGAAAUCUGCACUUCAUCUUAAGGUUCGUUGGAAGGGCUAUGGUCCUGAAGAAGAUACUUGGGAGCCUUUUGAUGGAUUAAGAAAAUGUAAAGAUAAGUUGAAGGAGUUUGUGACAAAAGGGUUCAAGUCUAACCUAUUGCCCCUUCCUGGCGGUGUUGAUUUCGUGUGUGGAGGUCCUCCAUGUCAAGGUGUUAGCGGCUUUAAUCGUUACAGAAAUAAGAAAGAACCGCUUGAAGACAAGAUACAAGUUGGACAGAGCCAAAAGGAUCCUAAGCUUGGAAAGGCUCUUGAGCUUUCGGAUGCAUUAAGUGAUCUCCCACCAGCGACAAAUACUGAGCGAAGAAUUUUGUUUGAUCAUCAACCACUUCAACUAUCAAAGGAUGAUUUAGAACGGGUCCGCCAAAUUCCAAAGAAGAAGGGGGCCAAUUUUAGGGAUUUGAGAGGUGUUAUAGUUGUAAAAAACAGAGUCAGAUUUGAUCCGUCUAUAGAGCGUCCAAUGCUGGAAUCCGGCAAAACCUCUGGUACAAAUGAAUCAAUUCCCAGCCUUGUGGUUCCUAAUUAUGCAGUGAAAUACGUUCAUGGCACAUCUAAGAAACCGUUCGGUCGUUUAUGGUUCGAUGAAGUUGUUAAUACGGUUGUGACGCGCGCUGAGCCGCAUAAUCAGAUUAUUCUCCAUCCAUUGCAAGACCGUGUGUUGAGUGUCCGUGAGAACGCCAGGUUACAAGGCUUUCCUGAUUUUUAUAAGCUAUGUGGCCCGAUCAGAGAAAAAUACAUCCAGGUUGGGAAUGCGGUUGCUUUUCCUGUAGGGAUUGCAUUAGGGUAUGCUUUUGGCUUGGCAAGUCAAGGGCUGUGCGAUGAUGGGCCUGAGAUAAGUCUCCCCUUCAAGUUUCCUCAAUGUUUGAAGCAUGUAACUGCUGAGGAGCAUUCUGCUUUACAAGGUCAAAAGGAAAAAGGUCUUUAG